AAAAAAGGCGAAUUUCGGAAAGACCGACCCUUUGCUUUCAUGCAAUCGUAAUCGCAUUCUACCGGGGAAUGGACGCCCAGGACCAGGCGAUCUUAGAGGAGCUGCAUCGCGUAGAGGUUGAGAUUGAAGAUGUCCAAGUCCAAAUACAGAUGUUGCUUGAACAGCAAGAGAAGUUGCAUGAAAGACAGUCUGAACUGAAGACCCUGUUGGAAGCAUGUAAAGGAUCAGGAGACCCAGUUACAGAUGAUGCUUCAACUACUGUUGAAAACUGGUCUGGGCAAUUUGAGUGGGAUUCUGAAGCUGAUGAUGUUCGGUUCAAUGUUUUUGGCAUAUCCACAUACCGUGCAAAUCAAAGAGAAAUUGUUAAUGCAAUCAUGAGCGGAAGAGAUGUUCUAGUGAUUAUGGCUGCAGGUGGUGGCAAAAGCCUGUGUUACCAGCUUCCAGCUAUUCUUCGUGAUGGAGUUGCUCUUGUUGUUAGUCCUUUGCUUUCCUUAAUUCAGGAUCAGGUAAUGGGUUUGACUGCUUUAGGCAUUCCAGUGCAUAUGUUGACAUCAACUACUAGCAAGGAAGACGAGAAGUUCAUAUACAGGGCUCUUGAAAAGGGUGAAGGAGAUCUCAAAUUGUUGUAUGUCACACCAGAAAAGAUAUCAAAGAGCAAGAGAUUUAUGUCAAAACUUGAGAAGUGUCAUCGCGCUGGUUGUCUCUCUCUAAUUUCAAUAGACGUAUGUAUUUUUCUUAAAAAAAUAAUAAUCUUCAUUCUUGAUUCCGAAGUCAGACUAAGCAUCUCGGUUCUGUCUUUCUCUUGGCUGUCAAUAGUUGUUGGUUUGGUGGUUCUGAUUCAAAUGUGUUAAAUGAAUACUUGCCCUACCUUCCUUUGCAUGUUCUGUAUGUACCCAAUAACUUAUAUGAGAGGCAGUACUAUUUUUAAGAAAAUUAAUCGUUCUUAGUUUGGGGGAUAAAACAUAGACAAAAGAAAACAUAAUAGCAAAGUACUCCUUGUGCUACAAAGUAUGUAAUGUACAGAUAUAUUUGUAUGUUUCUUUGUAUAUAUACAGACAUGUAUUUUAGAUGAGCACUAUAAUGGGAGAAGUCAGAUAUAUAUUUCAUUAUGAAGUAAUUGAAA